CGCAACUGAUCAUUCUCAUUCGCAUUCCUAUUUCCCAGCUCCCAGCUCCCAUCUCCCAUCCUCAGUCUCGCUCUCUCUUCUUUUCUCACAUUCCACGUUGCCUCACUCUUCCUUGAGCUUGACCGCCCCCACCCCCCACUGCUCAUCGUGUUAAUACACAUGAACGCCGUCAAUUCGCCUAACACAACCAAACAGAAGAUUGUGACCCUAGCUCUGGAGGUCUGCCCAGCCACUUCACAGCUGUGGCACACCUGCCGUCUCGCACCAUUGACCGAAGUGUACCCGGUCGCUGUCUUCCGCGAGGAUCCCAGAACAAGAAGCCUGAGGCAAUAAAGGAGGAGAGGCACUUAUCAUGGCUCCCUCAAACGAUGCAGCACCACAGCCGGCAAACGACGUGGCCCCGGCCGCUGAUUCGAACUCGAGCAAGAAGAGCAAGCGAAAGUCCAAGAAGACGAACGGUGUGAAGGAGAAGAGCAAGGCGAAUGCCGAUGACCAACCACCCUCGCGGCCCGCAUCUUAUGCUGAGGCCGUCAAGGAGGACCCAGGCGACGCCACAAACGGAGGACAUGACCAAGACGGCAAUGGAAAUGACCCGCACCAAGAGACUAACGGGAGGCAGGCGGCAGCAGAUGAAUCGGGUGCCGAUACGAGCGCAUCAGAGUCCAAAGGCGUCGACGAGAAAAAUGGCGACAAUAAAGACACGCAGCCUACAGCAGCCGGCAGCUUGACAUUCGCAGAAGCAGUCAAGGAGGGUUCAAGCGAUGCGACUAUGACGAAUGGCGAGGCUGCAGACCUCGCUACUACAAAGCCCAGGAGCGUUGAGGGGCGUAGCGCAUCUGCCACCCUAAGCCAGAGUUCUACCGCGGUCGACUACCCCGACAUUCCUUCGGACGCAGAAGAUCGCGGGGAGGAGGCGGAGCGGCUGCGGGAUCAAGAGAAGGCACCGGAAGUCGCUGGGCUCCGCUGGGCUCCGCUCAGGGUGCCGUUCAGACGGCGUCUGCAGACCCUGGCAGUGCUAUUCCAUUGUCUGUGCAUCGGGGCCACGCUUUCCAUCUUCUUUGGAUUCUGUGCAAUACCCUUGCUAUGGCCUCUACUUAUAAUAUACCUGGUCUCGAUCCUGUUCUCGACAGAUGCCGUCGACGGCAAGCUCAGGAGGCGAAAGGAGUGGGUCCGCAGGCUGCCCAUCUGGAGGUACUUUGCCGAGUACUAUCCAGCCAAGCUUCACAAGACGCACGACCUCGUCCCGACGCGCAAGUACAUCUUUGGGUAUCACCCGCACGGUAUCAUCUCACACGGUGCGUGGGCGGCGUUCGCGACGGAUGCCCUGGGUUUCUCGGAGAAGUUCCCGGGCAUCACCAACAGCCUGCUGACACUCGACUCCAACUUCCGGCUGCCGCUGUACCGCGAGUACGUCUUCUCGAUGGGGGUUCUGUCGGUCAGCAAGGAGUCCAUCACCAACAUCCUGACGCGCGGUGGCCGCAACGGCGAGGGCAUGGGCCGGGCGGUGACGAUCGUGGUGGGCGGGGCGCGCGAGUCCCUCGAGGCGCAACCGCGCACGACACGGCUCAUCAUCAACGAGCGCAAGGGGUUCGUCAAGCUGGCGAUCCGGACGGGGGCGGACCUCGUGCCGGUGAUGGCGUUCGGCGAGAACGACCUCUACGACCAGCUGGACCCGCACAAGCACCCGUGGCUCCACGGCCUGCAGCGCCACGUGCUGCGGGUGUGGAAGUUCACGGUGCCGCUGCUGCACGGGCGGGGCAUCUUCAACUACGACGUCGGCAUGAUGCCGUACCGGCGGCCGCUUAACAUCGUCGUCGGGCGGCCCAUCAAGGUUGUCCAGGCCGACAACCCGGACAAUGCCGAAGUCGACCGGCUACACGACCUGUAUGUCGAGGAGCUGAGGGCCGUCUGGGAUCGGUACAAGGACGAGUUCGCCAGGGAUCGCAUCGAGGAGAUGGAAUUUCUGAGUUGAAGAUAGGAUGGGAAAGAGAUGUAUUUCUACCGUGAUUCCUGUUGCAUAAUUUACCGAGGGCGGAUGGAAGGGGUCCUGACCUGGAAAAUACAGCUUUUAUAAGGGAAAAUUGGAGUGUUGUUACCCUACCUGGGGCGUGCUUUGCUCAACUUGAUUGCGAGAGCCCCUGUGUUUUUGUUUUUCUUUGUGUUGUUUUAUGGGAGCAAUUGGCGGGGGUGGUGGGUGGGGCGGAAUGCUGCCCUGGUUGCUAUUUUAAAUGUAUAGCAUGUGUAGCUAAGGCCUCUAACAUGUGGCAUGUGUCUCAAGCCUGCGGGGCCGUCAGAGCACAGAUUCCAAUUGCAGAGUGGUGAUGCGGGAUUCUGCUCGGAUCUGCUGCAUAUAUCUUCGGGGAUGGGCCUCCCGAUGAGGCAAUCGGGGAGGCUCGUUGUCGUUGUUGUCCAUCUGAAGUGCUGUGUGGGCUCCAGAGUGAUAAGCUGUGUGUGGUUUGGGGCUGCUUGAAACGUCCGCCGUGUGGCUACGCGGGAUGCUCGGAUGGCGGGCCAGCGAGGUCCGUUUCGGUGGACGAGGCAGACGAGA